CCAGGACGGAGUGACGCACGUCCCAUCACACUACAGUGUCAAGCAAGCAGCCAUCAUACAGACACACGACUGCGGGAAGGGUCUCCCCGAGAACCCAACACUAUGUAUUCAACAACAGCCUUUACGCUGUUAGCUCUGCUAGCAAGUGCAUUGGCAGGUCCCAUCACCUACCAAUCACGUGACGAAACUACAUCCUGCGCCAGACGAUGCCGAGACACGACCAAGUUCAACUACGUCCCCGGACAAACCUAUGAAUUCGAGUACAAUGUUCAGACACAUACAUCCAUGGAAGGAGCGUCCAGCGAUCAAGCGACUCUUGGCAUCCGGGCAACUGCUGACAUUGAGGUGCUGUCUAAGUGCGACAUGGUGCUUAGGCUCCGCGAUGUGAAAGUCUACCAGUCUGAUCCAUCAUCCUCUACACCAAUGAAGUACGCUGAUGAGUCAGGGCAGUUCAGACGGAAUCUGGAACGUUUCCCCCUCCGCUUUUCUUUCCAAGAUGGCGUGGUGGAAGAACUGUGUCCCACUGAGGGUGAAACCACAUGGGCCCUAAACAUCAAGAGAGGUCUUCUCGCUGCUGUCCAGAACAGUAUGGAUAACCUGGACCAAAAUCAGAGAGUAAAAGAGAGUGACGUCACAGGCGAGUGCAACACCGACUACACUGUAGCAUCACGGGGGUGGUACUCUACAACGAUUAAGAAGAGCAAGGAUCUCCUUGGUUGCACUGAUCGUAAUGGUUAUCACAGCUCCAUUCAUGGCAUGCAGUACAGAGUUCCUUCAGAGAUCCAGUCUCUGCCCCUCAUGAAGAGUACACACGAAUGUGAACAGGAACUGGACAAGAAUGGACUCCUCAAGAGUGCUCUCAUCCGGGAAACCCACACAUUCAGACCUUUCUCCAGGGCCACCAGCGGUGCCACCACCAAAGUACUUCAGAGACUCAACUACAAGACUCAGAGAUCUGGUGUCACAACAAGACAAGAUUACAUUCGGAAUCGGGCAGGAGUUGUGUUUGACCAUGCCUACGGCCCAGGAAACAAGGGUCAGCUAGCGAGAGAUGCCGAGAGUAAACUGCGAGAGAUCUGCCAGAAUACACGCGAGGAUAUCCGCCCAGACACUCCACGUAUGUUUUCUGAGCUUGUCAGUAUCGUCAAAGAGCAGAAUGUUGAUGACCUCAGACGUAUCUACCAGCAAGUAAAAUCUGGCACAGUCUGCACCGACAACAACGAGAGAGUAAAGAAGUUCUUCCUGGACUCUAUCCCAAUGGCCAGCACAAGUGCAUCUGUUACCUUCUUGAAAGAACUUCUACUGAAUAGGGAAGUCCUCGGCGCACAGGCAACCAUGUGGAUCACAUCCCUGUCUCUCAUCAACUACCCAACACUGGAUAUGAUGCAGGAAGUAAAGGCACUUCUUGACUCGCCCGAAUACAGCCGCUCUGCCAUGCUCCCAGUCUCCACAAUGGUCAACAACUACUGCAACCACCAUGAAUCCUGUUCUGACGAAUCAGCCAUCACACAGAUCUUCUCUACCAUGGAGAAGACCAUUGGUUACGGCUGCUACAUCAGAGAUUCUAAUCUGGAGACAAGCCUUGUGGCCCUUCGUGCCCUGGGAAAUGCAGGCCACCUGGAUAGACUGACCACGACACUCAGUAGCUGCUUCAACAGGCAAGCCAACCCCACGGAGGUCCGAGUAGCUGCCAUCCAGGCCUACAGAAGACUACCCUGCACCGCCGAUAGAAGUGAAGUUAUGACCAUCUACCAAGAUUCUGAUGAGGACUCCGAGCUAAGAAUUGCUGCCUACCUGGCUGUCAUGCAGUGUCCAUCUGAAGACGUCCUCAGGAGAAUCCAGGGAUCUCUCGAAUCUGAGAAAGCUAAUCAAGUUGGAUCCUUUGUCUGGUCUCAUCUUACCAACCUGAUGGAAACAUCCAGUCCACAGAAACAGACCAUCAGACGAAUCCUGGAGGACAAGACUCUUGGAAGGACUUUCGACCUCUCUACACUCAAAUUUUCACGCAACUAUGAAGGUUCCCUCUUCCUCGAGAAGUUCAACACAGGUGCCAUGCUGGAGAGUAAUGUCAUCUUUUCAGAUAAAUCCUUCUUCCCUCGUUCAGCUAUGCUCAACAUGACAGUUGAUCUCUUUGGGAACUCCCUCAAUCUGUUUGAGCUGGGUGGACGCAUGGAAGGAGUGGAGUAUCUCAUUGAGAACUACCUGGGCCCAUACAGCUACUUUGGAGGGAAGGCAGCCAAGAAACCAAAGAGCACUGUUAACCUGGAUCGCCUCAGAGGAGACAUGUACAUGAGGAUCUUUGGCAAUGAAAUGUACUACGAUCACUUCAAAGGUGUUGACCCACUGGCAUCUAUCAAGGACUUCAAUUUCCUUGACUUCCUUAUCAAGAUGACCAAGAAGCGUGAUUAUUCCUUCACACAGAGUGCAAAUAUCCUGGACAGUAGCAUGAUCAUCCCCACCAGCUCUGGUCUCCCUCUCAACCUCACCGUCAGCGGCACAGCAACCAUUGACCUUCUGGCCUCUGGUCAAGUGGACCUCCGUAAAAUGACAACUUCACCAAGCAGUCUCCUCAUCGAUGGACACAUCAAACCAAGCGGAGCUAUCAAGAUUGUUGGCACGAUGAGUAUGGAUGCCUUUGUCACCAAAACUGGCCUUAGAGUUGCCAACACAUGGCAUUCCAGUACUGCCCUAAAAGGCCGCAUAGAACUCAAACAUGGGAAAGUCAUCAGUGCUGAGUUUGACUUUCCACAACAGAAGAUGGAAAUCCUGGAUGUCAACACAAGGUUCUUCAGCAUCCAUGGUGAUCAGGAGAAGACACAGGACUUGGUCACAGGCAACAGGAAGAAGCUGGAACUGUGCACAGGAACCAGGCUGGCAACGAUCACUGGUCUGGAACUUUGUAAUGAAUUCCAGUGGCCUAAUGCUUCCAUGGUGGAUGAUGCCCCAUACUUCCCCUUCACAGGGCCCUUCUCCCAAAGCCUCAUUCUUUACAAGAGAGACACGCACACUGGGUACAAGCUCAUGGCUAAACAAUCAGUGAACCAGUAUUCGACAGUUGCUGAGAUAGCUGUCAACACACCUGGAUCCAGAACAGACCGAUCUUUGGCCUUUGACUUUCUACUGAAUACCAAAGGAAAAGAGCUUGAAAUCAGCCUGGCAUCUCCAUGGAAGAAGGCAGCAUUCAAAGCAUCCCUGGCAUAUGACAACAGCAAUGUAGGCAUGAGAGGUAAUCUGAUCGUCGAUGAAUCUGCAAAAUAUGGAGUAAUCAGUGAAGUGGACAUCAAGAAAGUAAAGACAUUUGUGACCUACACCCCCCGACUGGAGAUAAGACGUCCAGGAGCCAAAGUCAUCCUACUCUCUGGCACUGUUGAGACUAAUUCACUCAAGAGAGCCAAUGUUCAGUUAACACUCACUGGUAUAACGCCAAAUGCUGUCAGCAUUAGAUCCGCCCUACUGAACUCUAAAAUCGAGAAGAGUCUGGUCGGUACCUUCAGCCUGGCCCCAAAGCAGAAUUACCUCCUAGAAGUUGGUUUGGUGUAUCAGGACAGUGGCAGGAAGAGGUCCAUCAUAAAGGUCAUUCCCACACUGAUGGUGAAAACACCAGAGCUGGAGCUCAUCUCCCUCUCCGGAUCAGGGGACUACAAAGAGGGUAAAUCCCUCAAGGGAAGUCUAACUCUGGAUGUCCACAAGGUCUUGGCCAAACCAAUCACUCUGAAAUGUGAUGUCAAGAAGACAGGUGUUACCAACAACAAGUACUCUGGAAGUGUCUCGGUAUCCUCCCGUUUCCUGGUCGCCAAGGCGAGUGGCAAUGUGCAGACCAAGAAGAACACUGUCAGCUCCUUAAUAACUCUUGACUACAACCUGCCCAAGGUCCAAAGUAUCAAGAAAGACAAGAUCACAUUCAGCUCUAAAUACACUGAUCGUAGCACCAGGUCACUCUGGAACUACCAGCUCAACACAAACUUCGAAGACAAGAGAUACCCUCACGUGAACUUCUUCACAGAUCUUGACUUCUCUCACAACAAGAAACACACAGAAGCUGGUGCAAAAUUUAGAUAUGGACCUAAAUCCAAGGACACUACCCGUCAGAUCACAGGUUAUGUUCUGGUGAACCAUGAUAUUGGCUCCAGAGCCAACGUUAACAUCACGAUCACAAGUGCUGUAGGACCACUGGAUGUAGAACUAAGCCUUAAAGGACGGCAUGUUCACGACAGUCGCAAUGUGAACUCCUCCAUCACAUUUGAUUAUGGCAAAGGAAAAAGCAUUGAUGCUGCUCUAAGACUUCAAAACAGUGGAAAGAAGACACUUAAUCUCUUUGGUGAAGCUAGCCUUUCAUAUCCUGGCAAACAAGUGAGUCUGAAGACCGAUCUGAUCCAGUCAAGGAAAGACUACACACACUCCAUGACCUUCUACAAUGACAAAGAAAUGUCUACUAUGGUAACAACCUACAAAAGACGGAAGGCUACAGUCCACCAGGUAAAAUCUAACAUCAACCUACAUCACACAGAGCCAAUCCAACUGACUGCUUCAACUAACCUUGACAACAAAGACCUCAAGGUUUCUGCCCAGGCUGACUAUGAUGGAGAUGUCUAUGGAAUCAACACAGGCUUCAAAUACUCCAGGACACCUACAGCGAAGUGGACAAUGGACAUUACAUAUCCGACAAGACAUGUCAUUGUUCAGGUGGAGGGGGAAAGGCGAGGUGUAACCUAUGAAGGCUCUGCAGAUGCCAAAUGGGAUGCUGACAAGAACACUUCCAGAAGAUUCCUCCUUGCAGGAAAGCUCAACCUAAAAUCACCUGGCAAUUUCGGUUCCACAGUUGCAUUGAAAUACCCAAGCAGAGACCUGGAGUUCAAUAUUAAACAUGCCAGUGGCAAGCAGUACACAACACGUGCUGAUUUCUCUUGGGAGGCUAACAAGAAGAUCAAAGUAGAUACAUCUUUCAAAAGGGAUCAGACACAAACUGGACAGUCACUUGAUGGCUCUGUCAGAGUGAAAACUCCUUUUGAAGGAUUUGAGAACCUAAUUGUUCAAGCCAGCAGUGACAAAAAUGAGAAAAAAUAUGGAUCUUCCAUGCAGCUUUCCUGGGGUGGGAAGAAGAACCAGAUCACUACUGCUGUGAGCAUGAAGAAACCCUUCUCUAUGAGAAACUUAGACCUCACUAUAACGGGAACGUCGCCUUUCAAAGGAUACAGAAGCUUCAGCACCGAAAUAGGUCAUGUAAUGACACCUUCACUGAAUACCAUAAUGAAGGGAAGUUUAGAGGGAAAGAAUGCCAAGCUCCUUUUGACAGGAGAGAACCGAUGCACUGACCAGAAAAGGGACAUUGAAGGAACUGUGACUUUCAAGUCCAACGUCAAGGGUAUGCAAGCUGUUAAUCUCCGUCUCUCUCACAAUGAUGAUUUAAGAAAGUUUGUAACUGAUGUUGCCCUGGAUAUCAACGGUGACCAAUACAUGUAUGAUUUGGACAUGAACCACGAAAGAUCGGGAUGGCAGCUUCGAAACACUGGCAAGCUCACCCUCUCUUCUCCAAACUCGCGAUUUACCAACAGCUGGCAACACGGAAAUACUAACAAUGACGUGAAGAGUACAAUGACAGCCGAGUGGGGAAGAAACAACCGAGUUUUUGUUAACAUAUUUGGAAACCAUGCUUCAUCAGCCAGAACAAGAACCACAGGAGGAGUAACAAUUGAAACUCCAUGGGAAUCAAUUCGCAAUAUGGACAUCAAUCUUGAGCAUGAACAUGGAAGAGGUUUCAUCAGACACUCAUCUAACAUCAAGAAGGGAGAGGUUAUACUAGGAUCAGCAGGCAUCAACUACAUUAGAUCCAAUGGGCAAGCAGAGUCGGAUAUCACUCUCGAAUCACCCAUAACAAACCUCAAAGGAAAGGUAAAUGCUCGCUAUGCAGCAUAUCCACUCACUGGACAUGCUGACUUAGAAUGGGCUCCAGAUAACAGAGUAUCAGUUGAUGGAUCCUUUGCUGCACCUUCUACAGAGAAUAUUGAAACAAGCCUACGGAUGACAAGUCCAUAUGAAAACUUCCGGGAUAUUGUGUUGAAGGCAUCCCACAAGAGGGAAGGAUCUGAUUUGGUAUCCAGAGGAAGCUUCAGCUAUGACAUCAGAAAAUCCUUUGAGUUUGAAGCACACAUAGCUCCUGAUACCCUGAACAAUUACCGGGCAACACUGAGGACUCCUUUUGAUGACUAUAAAUCCUUUGAAGCUGGACUUUCAUACAACGGUGACCGUAGAUUGUUCAUGAGCAAAGCCAACUUCGGUAUCACCCCAGUCCUGGGGAACUUUGCUGGAAUCUUAAACUGGAACCUGGACGACAUGAACGGAAAGAUGAGGAUUGAUACUCCCUUCCAUGAGUACCAAUACAUGCAGGUGUAUGCCACCAGUGAACUGACAGGCAAAGGAAGACGUUCACACAUUGAAACUGAAUAUUACCCAAGGAAGACUUUAAGCCUUGAUGCAGUCUACGCCAUGGGAACCCCCAUUGUCAUCGAUGUCACCAUCAAGACUCCAUUUGAAAGAAUGGAACACAUGAGUGCAUCCCUAAAACAUGCUCUGAGAAGAAUGUCGCUUCAAACACAUGCUGAUGUUACAUUUGCUUCUGCCAAGAACCUGGCUGGUGAUCUGAAACUGAACUGGGCAAAGGGGUAUGAGGGCAGUCUUGUCAUCAGCACACCUUUCUAUGGUUAUGAAAUGAACAAGCUAUCUGUUAGGCAAGAAGGCACCUGGGAUAAUUUUAAGGGUCAUGGAGAAAUGGAAAUGGCAAAGAAAACUGGUGAAGUGGACCUAACUUUCAAUCAUGGCUUCAGAUCCACUGGCACAUUCAUGCUCAAAACUCCUUUCAGUGGCAUGACAGAAACUAAAGUUUCAUUUAAUAAACGUGGCUACCUGGGUAACAUACGAGGAGGUAUGGUUAUCACCUAUGGAAAUGAUCAAACUAUUGACAUUUCUGGUCAGAACAGAUAUUCAAAUGGACGACUGGACACAUCACUACUUGUCAAAUCCCCCUUUUCUGACAACAUCAAGUUUGUUAUAGAUCAUGAUGGUCAACUAAGAAGUUUCACAAAUAAGGUAUCCGGAUCAAUUGGCUCACAAUAUGCCUUCAACUCGGAUUCAGCAUUCACUUACAGGUAUCCAUUGAUAGAUCUAUCUACCAACAUUGGCUACACGAGAAAUUGGAGAGGCAGAAGCAUUGGGCUAAAGGUUCACAAAGAAGGCUACCUUAGUGACAUGAAUGCCAAAGCUACUGGUACCAUAGACAAUGAUCAAGUUGACAUUGCUCUCAUGCUAAAAACGGAUGGCGUCAUUGAAGGAUCUUUAACCAUGCAGACACCUUUUGAAGAUUAUAAAGAUGUUGGACUUUCUCUUCAACAUUCUGGAAACAGGCAAAGGUUUUCAAGUGAAGGCACUAUCAGAUAUAUGGAUGGUAAAGCUCUGCAGGGCUCCCUACUUUUUUGGCAGUCUGGCCUUUCUCAUAUUGAUACCAAAGCAGAAAUCAAGACUCCCUUCCUAGGAUUUGAAACUUCCCUUCUCAAAUACCGUCAUUCUAUUGAGGACUCUCAAAUAACAUCAAAUGCGUUCAUUGCCUAUGGGCGUGGUCAAGAAAUUACAUCUGAUCUCCGUUUCCAAACAACACCUAAGAUCAGCUUUGAUCUAACUGUUCAAACACCCUUCAGUAGAUUCCAAAACAAUAAACUUGUUUUCAGUCACAAUGGACCAAUUGACAGCUGCACGAGUCAUGCAGAAAUGGAACUUCUGGACAGAUCAAUCUCUGCUGAUUCAUCAUUUGAACAUGGAACUUCUACCAGAGCUAGCUUCUCCCUCACCUCUAACAUUCAAGGUAUGGAAAUGGUCAAGGCAUCUCUAAACAAGGAGGGAACCAGAGACAAUUUCAGAAGUAGCGUCUCAGCUUCACUGAAGGAUUCCACCAUUGAAGCUGAUGUCACAGGCAGAAUUGCCCAAGACAUCAAAGGAACCGUUUCUCUCAGAACACCCUUCCAGGACUUUAGGGAUACAGCUAUUGUCGUUGAUCACACAGGAAACUGGAAUGACUUCAGUAGUGAAGGACAGCUCCGUUACAUGGAUGGGAAGACAAUUGAAGGGAAGGUAAAGUUCACCCAUAAUGGAUACAGGCAGAUGAAGGCAAGCAGUGAGUUGAAGACACCAUUCGCCAACUAUGAAGUGAUGACAGUUGAAUAUGGACAUGAUUCCAGAAGCAAUUACUUUAAAUCUAACUCAGCUGUCACAUAUGGCUACGGGAAGAGAAUUACAUCAGACAUAACUGCAGAUGCUGCCAGAGAUAUCAAUGUAAAUGUAGUGCUCAAAACUCCCUUCAGGGACUAUGAACUUAGUAGAGCCGUUUUUACUUCUACUGGACCUCUCAGCAAUCUGAAAAGCAAUGCAGAACUUGAGUUUGCCCGGACAAGGCUUACUGCACAGACCAACUUUGCAAAGUUAGAAUCGACAAACGGGGACGUCAUCAUCACAACAAACAUUCCUGGCUAUGAAAGCAUGAAGGGUUCCAUCAGUGUGAAAGGUGAUCUCAGUGAUCUGAAAACCACAGCUCUUCUUAACCUUAAAGAUUCUACACUCGAGGUUGAGCUGAGCGCCAGUCUCAAAAACAGCAUCAUGGCAGAUCUGAAAAUCAGGAGUCCUUUCCAGAACUUCAGAAAUGUCGGAGGGUUUAUCCAGCACUCAGGAUCCCUAUCCCGCUUCAAUACUGAAGGAAAUCUUCGCUACAUGGACGGGGAGGUUGUUGAAGGCAAAGUCACCUUCUUAAAAUCUGGACUGACACACAUGCAAGCCAGUGCUGAACUGAAAACACCCUUCCAAGGAUAUGAGAGCCAAUCUGGAGAGUUCCAUCAUUCUGUAAAGAAUGGCCGUCUUACUUCAAACAUUGAUGUCACCUAUGGCCAACGUCAAAAAGUACUGAUGACUGUUAAUGGAAUGCUGUCACCAACAAUUGACAUAAGCGCUACACUGAAAACUCCUUUUAGAGACCUCGACAACAGCAGAAUCAUCUUUACUCAUGAGGGACCCAUUGCCAACUGCAAGAGUCAUCUGGAAGUGCAAGCUAUUGGAAAGUCAAUCACAGCAGAUUCUGAAGUCUAUACUGGUAGUUCGAUGAGAGGUAACCUGAAUAUUGUCAGCAACAUUCAAGGCAUGGAAAGCAUGAGGGUGUCCUACAGUAAAGAUGGUGAUAUCAAUAAUCUCAAAGCUAAAGGAUCCAUUGGAGUCAGAGAAUCAACACUGGAAGCCUCUCUAAACAACGUCUUCAGUACAAGGCAGCUCUUGACUGAAGUAUCCGUCAGAAACCCAUACACGCAACCUUUUGUUGUACAGCUGGAUGUCACUGGAACACCAACCAACUUCAAAAACAAGAUGUCUGCUGACAUGGGCACCAAUGGAGGAAUCACAACUGACACAUCCUUCCGGGUCAGAAAUGGGAAUGUUGAUAUCAGGUCAGGAUUUGCCUUUAAUCUGGCAGGAGCUCAUCAGACAGGAAACAUCAAAGUCCGCAAGGAAGGUGAGCUGGGGAACAUCAAGAUGAGCAUCAAUGGUGAUUACAACCAGAAGAAGGCAAGUAUGAAGGCUGCCUUCAGGGCAAUAGAUGAUGUCCAUGGUGAGAUCAAAAUCACGACACCAUUCAUACCCUACAGAAAUGUUGGCUUCUCAUUUGAUCACUCCGGAACAUGGACCCGCUUUGCCUCCCAAAGUAAGAUCCAAUUCAUGGACAAGAGAGAGAUCACUGCUAAGAUCAACCAUUUCAGCCAUGACCUUGACCGUCUAGAAAGCAGCCUAGAAAUCAGUACACCUUUCCAAGGUUAUGAAUUCACCAAGGCUGAGAUCGACCAUACUGCCACAACUAAUGGCAUCAACUAUAAUGGGGCUGUACAGUAUGCACAAGGACAGAAGAUUACAGGAGAACUCCAUGCAACAAUCUCACCCAAAUAUGACGUGGAUGUCAAAUUGACCACACCUUUCAGACAAUAUGAGGCUCUCUCUGCAUCAGCAUCAUUUGAGCAUGGUAUUGGAACAUACCUCCUAGGAAGCAAACUGGAUGCUGGAAACGGCAAUCGCUUUGGUCUUGAGUCCACCAUUGACAUGUCUUCUCCUGAGUACACUGCUGUUGCACGCCUCUCAACGCCAUUUGAAAAGUUUGAUUCUGCCGAGAUCUCUUUAACACAUGCUGGUGAACUGAGGAAGUUCAGAUCCACAGGAACAAUACAAACCCCUCAGACUGGUACUCUCACGGGUGAAGCAUCUCUUGGCUACACAUCUCCAUUAGAAAUGGAGGGUUUGAUAUCUCUUUCCAAUGGUAUGAAAUUGGCUCUACACAACACCCACAGACACAACGAAUACCAAUCUCACAUUGAGGCCACAUGGAGUCCAAGAGACCAAAUAGCAUUUGAUGGAUCCUAUCAAUUCUUAGAUUCAUUGUAUGAGAAACAACUGACAACUGAUUUCACCCUUGUUACUCCAUUUGAAACUGCGAAACUGACUGCUCUGAGGUUUGAACAUCAUCAAGGAUCAGACAAAUAUACAGAGAAACUGGGAGCUGAUUACAAUGGCAACACUGUUCUGGAUGUGGACAUGGAGAUCUCCCGAGGCUCAAGGGAGCAGGGAACAUUCACAAUGAGGAAGCCAAGGCCAAUGCAACUGACUCUUUCAGGAGAAAUUGCUGAUAAGAACAUUGAUGGAGACAUGUUUGUUAACUGGGAUAGAGAUGAGCCAGAGAGCAACAUCCGAAUCAAAACCUCCUUGACAGACAGAAGCAGGCAGUCUCUUUUGAACAAAGACUUGACACUAAAGCUUAUCCACCCAUCACGCACUGUUGGCAUCAUUGGAAACGUCCUCAGAUCACAGCUCCAGACAAAGAGUCAUGGAGAAUUCAUCUGGAAUGAAGAUGCUGGGCAAAAGCUAUUCUACGAUGUGGAUGUCAAGGACCGAAGCCGCCGCUACAGUAAGAUGUUCGAGGGCACCUUCAAAGUGGGGUCACCUAUGAGAAGUCUCAAAAUGGAUGGAUCGUACAGUCAGACAGGUUCAAAGAAAACUCUUGAUGGGGACUUUUCCUGGGAUGCUGACAGAGACGACACAAAGAAGAUUGGCAUGAAAGCUGUCCUGACACCUGAUGACAGAUCCACGCAGGCAGAUCUCUCUCUCAGACUUCCUUCUGUUGGCAAGAACAUCCAGAUCGACACAGAAAUGCUGAUGAAUGAUGGCAGGACUAUCUUCAAUGGAAAAUCCCAGCUGUCCUACUCCAGUGACUCCCGAAAGACAAUCACCUUCACAUCCCAUCUGGAGGACAUUUCCUAUGGCUAUGGCAACAACAAUUAUAGCUUUGUGGUUGGCAUUAGCCACCCAUACACAGAUGUGGACGUCAAACUUGCAUCCCACAUCGGCAGCUCCAGUGAGAAAGUAUCUGCUGGAGCUAGUAUGUCCUACCUGACAGCCAGGAGGGAAAGAAAGAACUUUGCUCUCAGAGGAGAGAUUAACAAACUGAGGAAGCAGAUACAACUACAGAUGGAGACCCCAAUCAAGAACAUGGAUCUCACUGGUGAGGUGGAGGAAUCUCCUUACAAGCUGAAAUUCAGGAAUAUUUAUGAAGGCAAGAUUGUCCAAGCACACCUUACAGUAGACCCUGACAGAAGAAUGGUGGACUUCCAAACAAACUACGAUCUGGACAACCCUGGCAAGACACUGCAAAUGAACGCCAGAUAUGUAAACUCAAGUGCCAUGCAGGCUGAGGUAUAUCACCAGGAGAACUCCCGUCGAGUAUCAGACAGCCUAGUUGCCCUCAGACUUAACACAUCCCGCCUUCUCCAUACAAGGCUGUCCUGGAGGCCACAGACGAUCGCCGAUGUUCAGGCAUACUUGACCAGUCUGGUGGAAAACUAUGGCCAAAGUGCGAAGACGACUUUCCACUCUGUGUACGAGUCUGUGGGACAGGAGUUGUCAGGCAAGUACCGUCGGAUUGCACAAGCCACCAAGGAAGAACUCUCACCCUACUUCACCCUGCUGGAGUCGGAGAUGGCCAUCAUAGAAAAACAGCUGGACUCUGUCAGGAGGGAGAUCAGGCGCAUGUACAACCGUAAUGACUUCCACCUGGCAGCCAUGGGAGAGUACUUCGACCAGGCAUUUGAAGCAUACAAGGACCUGGUCACCUCGACAAAGGAACUGUUUGCUUCCACGAAUCAGAAACUGGCUGAAUACAUGGAGACGAUGACAGACUUCCCCAUCAGGCAGAAGUAUCAGGCCAUUGUGGCGGAGACGCUCAUCAAGUUUAAGCGUGGUGUGGACGAGCUCGUGAUCAACACUGUCGAGAUGAUCUCUGGUCUUGACGAGCAGCUGCAGAGUUUCAGGAACACCUACCAUCAACAUUACACCUAUCUGCAGGGUUCAAUAACAGAUUCCAUGGACAACCUGAGGAACCGGUCUCGACUGGCUGCUGCCAGGCUUCAGUUUGCUGACUACCAGCAAUACCUCAACACCAUCACCAACCAUGUCCAGGACCUGAACAUUCCCAGCAGAUACAACGAGAUUGUAGAGCACACGCAGAAGAUGCUGACCUCCCGUCUGGGAGACGUCAUGAAGCAGGAGGACCUCCAGCAUCUCCUUUCACUCACCAAUGAUGCCUACCAGGAGGGUGUGUGGGCCUACAACUACUGGCAGGUGGAAGACAACCUCAAGGAUCACCUGCAGAGCAUCUAUGAGACCAUCAAGGAGAUGGUUGAGGAGGAGCUCCAGAAGUACAGGGAUGCGUUGCUUCUAAUCAAGCCCGAUGUCACAGUUUGGGAUCCUGAACACGGAGAGAUCCAAGUAGAAUUGCACCUGCCCAUCCCAGCUCAAUCUUUGGACACACUUCCAGAAAUCCAGACAUAUGUCCAAAGGGCCAAGACUGCCGUCAGCAUGUACAUCCCAGACAAUGCCACAUACCAGAAAUAUAUCCCCACGUCCAUCUGGCGGUCACCCAAUGCUACAACCAGACUGAGUGGCGAACUGAAGGUUUUGCCAAAUAUCCCUCAGCGACGUCCCUUGAGAAGAUACAACGCUAUCAGUCUCUAAGUCUACGACUUACCGAUACCCCUUACGGAAAAAUGAUCUAUGCCUAUUUAUUUACUAUUCAUAACAUCAAUGCUUAGAGUAUAAGAUGUAUAGAACUAAAGUUGCAAACAAUAUUUAAAUUUAGUUUGUAAUACCUUUUCAAAAGAAGUUUGAAGUAAUACUACAUUCCUGAAGGACAAUAUCAAAAGAGCUUAUUGUUUUACCAGCACAUAUGAUAGCUGCUAUCAUAUGUGCUGGUAAAACAUUACUUCUAUUACAUGAUGAUGAAGGUGAUAAACAAUCUGUUGAUCGGGAUAUGUUACAAUAUGUGUGACAGCUCCCUUCCAUUACAAGAAUAAACAUGUGCAUUAAUA